ACGCACUGGAUUGUGGGUAGGACGUCAGUUCGGCCAUAACUGUCUUUCCCAGCGGCUGAAGGAGAGAUUUGAAGUCAUGACAGGUUUUAGAGGUUUCACUCAUCUCUCCAGACGUUGUUAUGCCGCUGCUGCUAGGAGGAACGAGUCACUGAGUGAACCUCUGGCCACCCGAAAACCUGCGACACCAGCCGUUUUCCCAGCCCAGGAUGUUCAGGUGUCCAAGCUUCCCAGUGGUCUUCUCGUCGCCUCUCAGGAGAACUACGCCCCAGUCUCUAAAAUCGGGGUGUUUGUGAAAGCAGGCAGUCGCUAUGAGACCACAGAUAACCUGGGUGUCACUCACGUGCUACGAUUAGCAGCCAAUCUGACCACUAAAGGUGCAUCUUCCUUCAAGAUUUGUCAGGGUCUGGAGGCCGUAGGUGCUGGUCUGAGUGUGACAUCAUCGAGGGAACACAUGGUUUAUUCUCUGGACUUUCUGAGAGAUGAUUUUGACACCGUCAUAGAAUACCUUGUCAAUGUGACCACUGCUCCUGACUUCAGGCCUUGGGAGCUUUCUGACAUCUCCCCUAGAAUCAAGAUAGACAAGGCUGUAGCCGACCAGAGCCCACAGACAGGUGUUCUUGAGAAGCUGCAUGAAGCUGCAUAUAAGAACGCUCUGUCCAACUCACUGUACUGUCCAGACUUCAUGGUGGGCAAGAUUGGCGUUGAUCACCUGCAAAAGUUCUUUGUGAAUCAUUACACCAGUGCACGAAUGGCUCUUGUUGGAUUAGGGGUCAGUCAUGAUGUUCUUAAGAAGGUUGGAGAGCAGUUCUUAAGUGUCCAUAAAGGAACCGGAGCAGCAGGGGCUAAAGCUGUAUACCGUGGUGGUGAGCUGCGCACACAGAGUGGUGGAGCUCUGGUUCAUGCGUUGGUGGUGUGUGAAGGGGCAGUAACAGGCUCAGCAGAGGCCAAUGCCUUCAGCGUGUUGCAGAGGGUUCUGGGAGCUGGACCGCAUGUUAAGAGAGGAUCUAACAUUACCAGCAAACUCAGCCAGGGCAUCGCCAAGGCUACCACUCAGCCGUUUGAUGCCACAGCUUUCAAUGCUACUUAUUCUGACUCGGGACUCUUUGGAGUAUAUACCAUCUCACAAGCACACUCUGCCAAAGAGGUAAUCAAUGCAGCCGUGGCACAGGUGACAGCCAUAGCUGAAGGAAGACUUACUGCAGAUGACCUCACCUCAGCAAAGAACCAGUUGCUGGCUGAUUAUCUGAUGUCUUUGGAGACUUCAGAGGGAUGGCUGGAGGAAGUGGGUGUUCAGGUUCUGAGCAGUGGAUCUUACAGCUCACCUCUGUCUGUGACACAGAGCAUUAACUCUGUGACCUCCAAUGAUGUCAUCAAGGCUGCAAAGAAGUUUGUUGAAAGCAAGAAGACAAUGUCAAGCUAUGGACAUCUGGCAAACACACCAUUUCUUGAUGAAUUGUGAAAAAAGGUCCUGAUCUAAAAUUAACUAUAUUGUCCAUCUUAUUUUUGUGUAAAAACUUCUCUGAGAUGUUAAACCAUGAUUGCUGUACAAACAUGUUUGGUCAUUUUAUCACAAAAUCAGUUCCAUCAAUUUCGUCCAUGUCCCUGUAUCUAUGUACAUUCAUUAAAACGAUUGAUUGAUGAUAAAUAUUUCUUCUGUCCUUCAUAA